CAUUUAGUAGGGGUCUCAUAUCAUACAAGUUUGGCCGAAAUGAGAGCUCUGCACCUAAUCCUGUCAGCAUUGUGCUUGACUGCGGCCACCUGCCAGUCAUUUGCGGACAUAGUUCCCUUCAAGAAAUAUCCUGCCUCCUGUCAGGAGGCGAAGCCAAAGAAGAACAGCAUCGUUAAGAUCCAAUUGAACGGUGGCGAACCUUUUAAUGUUUACUGUGAUGUUACCACGGCCGGAGCCGGAUGGUUGGUGAUCCAGCGUCGUGUCGAUGCCAACAUCAACUUCUUCCGCAAUUGGUCAGCCUAUCAGAAGGGCUUUGGCGAUCUCGAGGGCGGUUUCUUCAUUGGCCUGAAUGCCUUGCAUAAUCUAACUACCUCACAGCCCCACGAAUUGUACGUCUAUCUGGAGGACUUUACGGGCCAAUCUCGCUUUGCCAAAUACGAUAACUUUGCCAUUGGCAACGAGUCCAAUCUGUAUGGCCUCAAUACACUGGGCAAAUACUCGGGCAAUGCCGGUGAUGGACUCAGAUAUCAAGAGUAUAUGAAGUUCAGCACCUACGAUCGGGACCAUGAUAACAGCAUCAACAACUGUGCUGCACAAUUUUCAGGUGCUUGGUGGUACAACAGUUGCAUGUACAGUAACUUGAAUGGCGAAUAUUUGGGAGGCGAAUACGGAGCUGAACUCGUUGGUCGUGGAAACUGCUGGGUGCCUUGGUUGGGUGUCGAUUAUGCUUACAAAACAGUUAAAAUGAUGAUUAAGCCAAAGAAGAAAUAAGCUAGGGAAUAAAUUAAAAAUAUCACGACUACAGCAUA